GCAUGUACUCUUUGCGCGGUUAACUAUUGACAAGGCUUUGGUGGACGAGGUAUACAAAAGCGCUUCAUCUGAAUCCUUCGCAUUUUGACCGGCCGUUGCAUUCUUUGAGGCUUACUACCACCGGAAUCUUGCGGCUUAUCGCUCUACCCCUCUUCGCGCUGGCUGACCAUCUGUCUUGAGAUCUGUCUUGAGCAUUUCAGAGUCACUUGAGCCUCACGUUGUCUCACUUAUUUCUCCAAAGCGUGUCGCUAUACGAUCGUAAAUAUUUCUCCUUUUAGCACAACUCCAAUUGAUUCGAUUACCGACUCUCAGGCGCUCCCAUGGCCGCCUUGCACGAUGCCCUCCAAAUCCUCCUGCCGACGUCCUGGGACCAGGUUCCUCAAUCCCCCGAUGCGCUCCGUGAAUACGUCCGCGAAAUCUUCAAGAGCGGCCGCCUCAUAGGAGAAUCUCUCCCAGACCCUCCGCCAUACGACCGUGAAGAAUAUCAUGAGCUGGAAUCACAGGCAACGAACUCCAGAUCUAGCACACGAAUCGCCCCGUCGUCCGCACGGGUGGGCGAGACCGAUUCGGAGAUUACGUCGAUCCAGAAGCAAUGGGGGAAGCCAAUAAAAAUGGGCGGUGCAAAGGAUAACCCUCUUGGAUUGCAUGUCUGGAAAUUAUCUUCCAAUGACGGGAAGGGCUCUUGGUUUGGACGACGGAGCAUACACGACGGACUUCCGUUUUCCCGGUGGCGGAAGAAGCUCUCUUCGGAAUAUGAGGAGACCCUCAAGGUUAACCGACGGAAGAUUGAGAAGGGAGAAACGCCGAAUCAUUGCAUUCGUGGUAUUGGAGCAGAAGAAAAGGUCGAGUCAGUUGAGGUCAAAGACGAGGAUGGCUCCGUGCUGGGCCAGGUAACGGUCUAUCACGUCUCGGCUCAAUUCCCCAAGCCCACGGCGCCACGGGACUUUGUGGCUAUGAUCAUCACAUCGGAUGUCGGGCUUCAAAUUGGCGGAACGAAACAGCCUGGCCGGAGCUGGAUGAUGAUCUCCAAGCCGUGUGACCAUCCAGACGUACCGCAUAAGAACGGGUAUACUCGAGGCGAGUAUGAAUCCGUGGAACUCAUUCGGGAGAUCCCCAGAGUGACUAGCAGCAGCUCUUCCUCUAGCAAGGGCGCUCUGGAGAAGUCGAAAGAGGAUGGCUCCACGGCUAUAAGCUCGUCAAAAGCUGACAACCACAUUGGAGAUGCCUUGAUUGAAGGUGGAGUUGAUGCUACAGAUAACGAGGAAGAAGAAACUAAUCCUGUCGAGUGGAUCAUGGUUACCAGGAGUGAUCCUGGUGGCAACAUUCCCAGGUGGAUGGUUGACAAAGGCACACCGAAGAGUGUCGGGGUAGAUGCUGCCAAAUUUGUCAACUGGGCCGUGGAGGACGACAAGCCACAAAAGCAUGGGAAGCGCAUUGCGGCUUCGCCCACUGGAAGUCCUGGAGUUCAACCCAGAGAAUCCACCGAAGAGCCCAUUUCAGAUGAAGGCAGCCUGUCGGAUUCAGAUACGGACUCUGUGGAGACCGAUACCCAGUCCCAUCACGGUCUGAUUGCCAGUGUGACUGGUCUACUCAACUCUGGUCUGGAACGAUUCGCACCUCAAGCAUUUUUCGACUAUGUCCCACAUCAUGGGACAGAUCCAGGUCAUUCAGCCAAUAACGUCGGGGUCCCAGAAGAAGAAAAUAACCAAGAUGAGCAUUCAGCUCCUCAGUCAAAGUCAAGCAUCUCGUCUGGUACCAAGCCGCGUGAUACUCUCCCUGACCAAGUCUCGCUAUCGUCCGUCCAGUCUGGACUCGGCACCCCGGCACUAGACGAUAUCCCUCAAAAUGACCUCCCACCCGCAGAAUUGAUGCAGAUAGCCAAAGCUGGUAAACUCACAAGCCAUGAAAAGGAUCUAGCCAAGCUUGCUUUACGCAAGCGCGAAAUCGAUGCCAAACUUGAAACUGUCCGCUCCGAGCUGGACAAGCUGCACAUCCCAGAGCGAAGCAGCACCUCCACUCCAUCCCGGGGCAUCUCCAAUGAUGUAGACAGCGACAAGAGCGUGUUACCCAAACGCACAGCCGAAAAUUCCACUUCGACUCCAACCUCCUCCUCUGGUACUCAACAGAGCAAGAAGAGCAACGGCAGUGGUGAUGGGAGCCCUGGCGACACACCGUCAUCUGAACGCACGCAGAAACCGGAACCGCCUGCACAUAUCCACAAAGCUGCUGCACAGCUCUUCCACGAGGAGUCGAAGCUGUUGAAGCAACUACGCAAGAUCGAAGGCAGUCAGCUAAAGGUGGCUUCUAAGAUUGAGACACGACAGCGGAAGCAGGUUGAACGCUCGGAGAAGUCGAAAUCGAAAUCUGAGAAUGAGACAUUGCGACAGGAAGUGAAGGACCUGAAGAAGGAAAUUAGUCAAUUACGCGCGGAGCGUGAGAAGUGGGUGGAUCUUGUGUCUUCAUUACAGGCGGAGAAUAAGAAAUUGGCUGGGAAGGAAGAGUCAAGUUGAGUGAACGGGGGCUUAUGGAGGUUUUCUCCUCACGGCGUGUACGUAGUCAUAAUUUGGCAUUCCUUAAGUAUAUAUGGUCGGAGUUUCUUACUGGCAAGGUCUUCUCAUUUGGUUUCCUAGUGUAUAUACAUUUUGAUUCACGAGUGAUCCUCAGCUUCGUGAUAAAGAAAGCCCCCGUUAAGAGUUUCUCUAUUGCCUGUAAAUGAUUGAUAAACUCUAAUCCCCGGACGCUGACGAAAAUAUUCUCGGUUUGAAGACCGCAGAUGCAUCAAGUCGACUUGAUCGUUCAGAAAUUCAAUGGCCAUCGGAUUAAGCAAAGGACGAUGCUGCAAAUAUCUGCAUAGCUCUUGUAUGUUGAGACUCGCUCUGUCAAGACACAUGAAACGCAACGAAGUCUAUAGUGCAAUGCAGAAGCGUUGCCCACACGAUUGUUGUGUAAAACCACAUUAUGUGGCCCAGCCCAUGGUAGCAGAUGACUCAACAGCUCGCGGCGAGGCAUCUUCAUGUACUUUCAGACGGGUUAACACAAAUCGGCGAUGCGGACCGGGAAUGGGUUCUGGAAGAGGUUCUCUUGAUGGCAAGAGGUAGGGGUAUUCGUUAUUAUUGUUGAGAGGUAAAGGAGCCGAUUUGAGAAAGUCAUUAUUCUUGAGUCUAAAGGAGGAACUUGUUAGCGGACAAACUCUCUAAUAAAUCGCGGUGGACGCAAGAUGAGCACAUACCUCCGGUGGGUUACCAGCACCCCUAACCAUCUUCUCCAGCAUCUUCGUGCGGACCUUCUCCUUGGGUUCGCCCAAGCCAACGGCCAUAUAAGAGAGCAGUGGGUUAUGACCGAUGUAGGAAGCACAGCUGUCGCGCUUGAUGUUGGACAGCCACUCGUACUUGGUCGUGUCGGCGUGACCGGUACCGAUGUAACGGGCCUGUAGAGCCUCGAGAUUCUGGAGCGUGCGGAGCUUGUCGGCCAUUUUGAAGGUAUGGAGACUUGGUUUGAGUCUGAGUGUGUUUGGUAGAGUGGA